CAACACAAAUCUCUCCGUGAAGUCCGUGGACACUGGAUAGAUACCCUACUUCCACGAAGUUCGAAACGCUCUCCGCAGUUUCAACAGCCUCCAGAGUCCAGAUUCGGUGGAGAUGAACCGGGGCGCGGAAGUUUGGACCGGGAGGCUGGGAGCGAAAUUGCCUGGAAAGAGAGGUAGAAGGCGGCGGCGGCGGAAAGCCGUCAGGGAAUGCUGCAGCGAGUGGCAGAUAACGAUGGUGGAG